AUGAAUCUUAUUGCUCAAUCAAGUGAAGAGCAUCCAUCUCCUCCAAGCACACCAAGUGACGAUCAAGACUAUAUCAUUCAAGAGAAUAGUGGUGAAGAAGAACCUUGUCCCAUCGGUCCACCCACUCUAUUUCAAUACAUUGAUCAAAGAGCACAGGAGUUGUUAAGGGAACUAAGGGAGGAGUGUCCUAAACUAAAAAUGGGUGAUGAACCAAGGCCAUUGAAGGACUACACCGUUCCUACUUUCACAAAUCAUCCAAGUUGCAUUGUCUUGCCACCAUGUGUUCAUGCCUUUUCUAUUAUGCCAAGUACCUUGCAACUUCUACCGGCUUUUGAUGGUGGCUUCACCGGUGAUCCAUUUAGGCACAUCAAGCUAUUCAAUGAAGUUUGCUCAACGGUCCAACUCAAUGGUAUUGAUGAAGACAACCUUAGGCUAAGGCUUUUUCCUUUCUCAUUGAAGGAUAAGGCCAAAGAUUGGUUGUACAAGAUUCCGGCGGCAAGUAUCAAUUCAUGGGAUAACAUGAAAGCCGCAUUCCUCAAGAAGUACUUUCCACCAUCAAAGAGCAAUGCAUUAAGGAACUUACUCAUGACUUUCCAAGAGUUUCCAUCUGAAUUGUUUCACGAGUCUUGGGAGAGAUUCAAAGACAUGGAGCAAAAUUGCCCUAAUCAUGGUGUCAAGAAAUGGUUGUUAUUGAGCACUUUCUACAAUGGGUCAAGCCAAGAUACCAAGAGAAGAAUUGACAAUGCUUGUCAAGGGAGCUUCAUGGAGAAGAAUGAGAUCGAAGCGGAAAGUGUUCUUGACUCAUUAGCCGAGUCAUCCCAACUCUAUGAUAAUCAAAGUGAUAGAAGACCGGUGAAAGAAGCCAAUGUCAUUUUGAAGGAUCAACACAGAAGAGGAGGUAUGUAUGAGAUGGAUUCACCAAAUACUCAAAUGCAAAUUGAGUUGAAGAGGAUUGAGGCCAACAUGAAUAAGAAGCUAGACUUGAUUCUUAAUACUCAAGGAAACUGGGAGCAACUCCAACCUAUGUCGAGCAAGAUGGUUGAGCAAGUGUGCUUAAUUUGUGAGAGUGAUCAACAUGAGACAAUGCUUUGUCCAAGAGGAGGUGCACUUCAAGUUGAUAUGGAGCAAUGCAACCAAGUUGGUUUCCAACCAAGGCCAAGAAAUGAUCCAUAUAGUAACACCUACAAUCCCGGAUGGAGAAACCACCCCAACUUUGGGUGGGGAGGCAACCAAAACCGAGAUCAAGGGUUUGGCAAUCGUGAGCAAGGCCAAGGUUUUCAAAGGUCUAGUGGUGGCUAUCAAGGUGCAAGCUCCUCCAACUACAACAAUCAAGGAGCCAACAAUCAAUUCCAAAGGGCACCUUAUCAACCUCCACCUCAACCACAACCUAUAGUACCACCUCAAGAGUCAUUGAAGAAGCCUAGUGUUGAAGACAUGUUGAUGAAUUUCUUUGUGGAGAACAAGGGUACUCAAGCAAAACAAGAUGAGAAGAUUAAUGUCCUUCACCAAAGCAUGAGCAAGCUUGAGAUACAAAUGGGACAACUAGCCCAAGAGUUAAGCCAAAGGAAGCAAGGUGUGUUUCCAAGCCAAGUGGAGAACAACCCAAGGCAUGAAGCCAAAGCCAUUACUACUUUAAGAAGUGGGAGGCAAGUUGAGAACAAUGUGUACAUGCCUAAAAAUGAGGAAGUUGUAACUCCAAGGGAGCCACCUGGUUUUGAAAAGAGAGAAAAGGGCAAGGCAAGAGAAUUGUCACAUGGAGAAGUCAUCUUGGGGUUUAAUGAUGGUGAAGAAGAAGCUUUGAAUGACAAGAUGAAUGCCUUUGACAAGCCUUUGGGUUUGAGAGUAGCCUUAGAAGAAGAAGUGCAAGAGGAAGCCUUGAAGAACGAAUUUAAUGUCAAGGUCGGAACUCAUGACAAAGAAGGCUCUACAUCUACUCCAACAGAAAGGCCAUUCAAAAGAGGUAUCACCUUCAAUCCUCCUAUGAAGAUAGUUCAAGAGAAAGAAAUUUCCCUUCCUUAUCCUCAAUUUCAAAGGAAAGAGGUAUUGAAGCAAAAGAAUGAGAAGGUGAAGAAAGAGUUCCUUGAUUUAUUUAGGAAGGUGGGGAUUAACAUCCCUCUUUUGGAUGCAAUCAAAACCAUUCCUACAUAUGCCAAGUUUCUCAAGGAGCUAUGUACCCACAAGAGGAAGUUUGAGAAGGAUGAGAAAGUGUGUCUAAGUGAAGAAGUUAGUGCGGUUUUGCAAAGGAAGCUUCCACCAAAGUUGAAAGAUCCGGGUUCAUUCACCGUUCCAUGCAAGAUAGGUAAAACUUUCUUUGAUAAAGCUUUGAUGGAUUUGGGUGCUAGUAUCAACUUAAUGCUUUAUAGUAUCUAUGAGUCUCUUGGAAUUGGUGAAAUCCGGCCCAUUGCUAUCUCUUUGCAAAUGGCGGAUAGGAGUGUUGUUUACCUAAGAGGGGUUGUGGAAAAUGUUCUUGUGAAGGUACAAGACUUGAUCCUACCGGCCGAUUUCAUCAUUCUAGACAUGGAAGAGGCUCCUCUCCAUGAGAAGGAGUUGCCUAUCAUCCUUGGGAGAGCAUUUAUGGCAACCGCCGGUACUAAGAUUGAUGUCAAGGAGGGGUUGAUGACCAUAACCGUUCAUGAUACUACCAUUGCUUUUAGAAUCUUUGAUGCAAUGAGUAAGCCAUCAAAUGCCUAUGAUUGUUUCCGGAUUGACGUUUUGGAUGGUAUUGACAAGAUGGUGGAGAAAACUUUCAUUGAAAAUGCAUCUCAAGAUCCAUUGGAGACAUGUUUGCAUCAUAAUGACAUAGAGUUCAUUGAGGAGGCAACCAGAGAAGCCGAGCUUACACUUGAAGCCUUAAGGCCUUGCACUCCACAUUUGCAACCAAAGGUUGAGGUACCUCUUGCUAACUCUACUCCUUUACUUCCAUCAAUUAAAUAUCCUCCUACUCUUGACAUGAAACCACUUCCUUCUCAUUUAAAGUAUGCUUUUAUUGGUGAAAACCACAAGUUGCCCGUAAUUAUCUCUUCAUGUUUGAGUGCUUUGCAAGAACAAAAGCUACUUAGAAUGUUGGAUGAACACAAGGAGGCCAUUGGUUGGACUAUUGCUGAUAUCAAAGGCAUAAGUCCAAGUAUGUGCAUGCAUAAGAUCCUCCUUGAAGAUGAUAUGAAGCCUAGGAGGGAUCCACAAAGGAGGCUCAAUCCUCCAAUGCAAGAAGUAGUGAGGAAGGAAGUAAUGAAGCUACUUGAUGUUGGUGUCAUCUACCCCAUUUCCGAUUCAAAGUGGGUGUCACCGGUUCAAGUGGUUCCUAAGAAGAGUGGCAUAACGGUUGUGGCCAAUGAUAAAGGAGAGCUUGUCCCUCAAAGAGUGGCAAAUGGGUGGAGAGUGUGCAUAGACUACCGAAAGCUCAAUAAUGCCACAAGAAAGGAUCACUUUCCAUUGCCAUUCAUUGAUCAAAUGCUAGAAAGACUUGCCGGCCAUGAGUAUUAUUGCUUUCUUGAUGGGUAUAGUGGCUACAAUCAAAUCCCCAUUGCUCCAGAAGACCAAGACAAGACUACCUUCACUUGUCCAUAUGGUACCUUUGCCUAUAGAAGAAUGCCAUUCGGUUUGUGCAAUGCACCGGCAACUUUUCAAAGGUGCAUGAUUUCCAUUUUUAGUGAUAUGGUGGAGAGAUUCAUUGAAGUGUUCAUGGAUGACUUUAGUGUCUUUGGGGAUUCAUUUGAUCAAUGCCUACACCAUUUGGCACUUGUGCUUCAAAGAUGUGAAGAUUGCAACUUAGUCUUGAAUUGGGAGAAGUGCCACUUCAUGGUGAAUGAGGGGAUUGUUCUUGGGCAUGUGGUGAGUGCAAGAGGAAUGGAAGUUGACAAGGCCAAGGUGGAGCUCAUUUCUAAGUUACCACCUCCACAUAAUGUCAAAGCAAUUAGAAGUUUUCUUGGACAUGCCGGUUUCUAUAGAAGGUACAUGAAGGAUUUCUCCAAGAUCUCUAAGCCUCUUUGUGAUUUGCUAGCCAAAGAAGCUCCUUUUGUGUUUGAUGAACAUUGUUUGAAAGCAUUUGAGACAAUCAAGGUGAUGCUCACUCAAGCUCCUAUCAUGAUUGCACCGGAUUGGUCUCUUCCUUUUGAGUUAAUGUGUGAUGCUUCGGAUUAUGCUAUGGGAGCGGUUUUGGCUCAAAAGAAGGAAAAGGUACUUCGUGCUAUUUACUAUGCUAGUCGUACCUUGAAUGAUGCACAAAUUAACUACACCACAACGGAGAAAGAACUUCUUGCAAUUAUCUUUGCUCUUGAGAAGUUUAGAAGCUAUUUGCUUGGUACCAAAGUUGUUGUGCACACGGAUCAUAGUGCCUUGAAGUAUCUUUUGUCAAAAAAAGAGGCUAAGCCAAGAUUGAUAAGAUGGAUUUUGUUGUUGCAAGAGUUUGAUAUUGAGAUCAAAGACAAACCGGGAAAAGAAAACCAAGUGGCGGAUCAUUUGUCAAGAUUGGUUGAAGGAGGUGAUGACUCCUCCAUUCCUUUGAAUGACACUUUUCCGGAUGAGCAAUUGUUCAAUAUCAAUGUCAAAGAGCUCCCAUGGUUUGCUAGUUUGGUGAACUACCAUGCAAGUGAAGGGAAGUACAUUCCAAGUGAGCUUGAUUAUCAAGGAAGGAAGCGAUUCCUCAAGGAAGCACGCCAUUAUUUGUGGGAUGACCCAUAUUUGUUCAAGUUUGGCAAGGAUCAAAUGUUGAGAAGAUGCAUAGCUCAAGAGGAGGUUCCUAGUAUCCUUUCUCAUUGCCAUACACUUGCUUGUGGAGGUCAUUUUGGAGGGAAGAAGACGGCAUUCAAGGUACUAAGUUGCGGUUUUUAUUGGCCUACUCUUUUCAAAGAUGCACAUGCCUAUGUUAGUGCUUGUGAUAGAUGCCAAAGAAGUGGUAACAUUGCUUCAAGGAAUCAAAUGCCCCUCACCAACAUCAUGGAAGUAGAAAUUUUUGAUUGUUGGGGUAUUGACUUCAUGGGACCAUUCCCAAGCUCUUAUGGCAACCAAUUCAUCCUUGUUGGAGUUGACUAUGUUUCUAAGUGGGUAGAAGCAAUUGCAAGUGCCAAGAAUGAUCACAAUGUUGUGCUCAAGUUCCUCAAAGAGAACAUUUUUCAAAGGUAUGGCACUCCAAGAGCCAUCAUAAGUGACGGAGGAUCCCACUUUCUCAACAAGCAUUUUGAAGCUCUAUGCAAGAAGUAUGACAUCAAGCACAAGGUUGGCACUCCCUACCAUCCCCAAACAAGUGGUCAAGUUGAAAUCUCAAACCGAGAAAUCAAGAGCAUUCUAGAGAAGAUUGUGGGGAUCACAAGGAAAGAUUGGAGCACCAAACUUGGAGAUGCUCUUUGGGCAUAUCGGACCGCCUACAAGACUCCACUUGGCAUGUCACCUUAUCGGUUAGUUUAUGGAAAAGCAUGUCAUUUGCCUGUGGAAUUGGAGCAUAAAGCAUAUUGGGCUAUCAAGAAGUUAAAUUUUGAUCUUGCUAAGGCGGGAGAGAAGAGGAAACUUGAUCUAUGUGAGCUUGACGAAAUUAGAAUGGAGGCAUAUGAGAAUGCCAAGCUAUACAAGGAGAGAACCAAGGCCUAUCAUGACAAGAAGUUGAUCAAGAAGACGUUUGAGGAAGGACAACUUGUUCUUCUCUAUAACUCAAGGCUCAAACUCUUUCCCGGAAAACUUAGAUCAAGGUGGUAUGGCCCUUUUGAAGUUGUGAAAGUCUUUCCCCAUGGUGCCAUUGAGAUCAAGAACCCAAGUAAUGAGAGCACAUUCAAGGUUAAUGGCCACCGAUUGAAGCCUUACUUGCUUGGUAGCUUGGGAGUUGAAGAGGAGGUCAUGUACUUCAUGGAUGCUCCUCUUGUUCCUCUUCAUUGAUUUGGAGAGUCAACGGACCGGCAAGAUGUCUUUAAAGCAAAGCCCUACUUGGAGGUAGCCAUGCUCUUGAUGCAAGAUGAAGGAGAAAGAAAACUCUUGGUAUAGCACCAAAGAUGACAAGGCUUCGUUAUUGUUUGUUGGUGAUUGGAGGUGUUUAUAAUGAAGAUCAUGGUCUUCAAAGGGGAGUUUCUCAUAAUCCUUUACUUACAUCUUUCAUUUUCAUGUUUACUUAGUUGUUUGUAGUGUUAAAAGUUUAAGUUUGGUGAGAGGUUUUAAAAAAAAAAAAAAAAAAAAAAAAAA